AUGAACGUGUCUGGACAUGUGAACCUGACGGCUGGGCAGGUGGUGGGCGGGCGGUUCCUGAUCGAGGGCAGGCUGGGGCAGGGCGGCUUCGGCUCCGUGUACGGCGCCCUGGGCCUACACACAGGCAGCCGCUGUCCCUCAAGCGUGCUGGCCAUGGAGGCGAAGGGCACCACCGUGCGAGGCGUCAACGGCAGCCUGGCGGGCGUGGGCGUGGUGAUGGCGGGCGUGCUGGCGCUGCUCGCGGAGCUGCACGGGCGCGGCUUUGUACACCGGGACGUGAAGGCGAGCAACAUCGUGCACGGCGACCCUGCCGACCCACGGGACCCGCGCCGCCUCUACCUGGUGGACUUUUGGCUGGCGGAGCGGUUCCGCGCGCCCCGGGGCGACCAUGUGCCCCUGCGGGACGGCGUGCGGCCCAAGGGCACCUUCCAGUACCUGAGUGUGCGCAGCCACCGCCAGCUACUGCAGUCCCGCCGCGACGACCUAGAAUCCCUGGCCUAUGUGGCGGGUGUGUUGCUCAAGGGGCGCCUGCCGUGGGCCUUCUCGUCCAGGCGGCGCCCCACGCACCCCAAGGCGGCGCUCAUCAAGGAAAGCCGCACCCGUGCCGUCUUCAGCAGCUGCCCGCGCGUCUUUGCUGACUUCCUGCAGUGCGCGCGCGGCCUGGAGUACGCCGCGGAGCCAGACUACGCCGCCUGGCGCCAAGCCUUCCUGCACCUCGCGGCCCAAACCGACCCGCACGGCGUCGCGCUGCACAAGUGUCGCAUGGACGUGUACCGCCCUCACCACCGCAACAAACAUUACAAUAACCACACUAACCACAGUAACCACACACACGUUCCACAACACUAA